GAGGAAAUGCGCACGCGCAGAAUUGAACGCGUUGUCCCAGAUGUUAACCGCCUCGCCUCGAAUGGCGGGUCAAGAGAAAUUGGAGAAAAAUGCUACCACAGCCUGGUGUCUUUCACUUUUUGUGGGAGAUUUGUUCAGGUACAGUGAAUGAAGGAAGUGCAGUGAGAACCUUUGGCAGGUUAACUGACUAUGAUGCUGAGAUAUCGAAGGCAGAUCUCUCUGUUCAUCACAACUCAAUUGAUUACCAUCUUCGGGUCCUAACUUCACUGGUGGAACCAUUUGAAGUUCAGAUUGGAGCAAAAUAUUUGGUACUUGGAGAGAUGGAAACCACAACAGGCAAUGUUCCUGUGAUCCAGGCUCGGCUACUAAUUAACGUGGAUGGAGUUGACUUACCAUUACUGGAACGUGCUGUACAGGAACAGAGAAGCAGGCGCUGGCAAGAACUCGACCCAGGUGUGAAGGGACGGCAGACUCUGUCACAAUGAGCGCUGGCGAUGGCUGAACCCAGGAGCGGAGGAAGGGCAGACACCCAUGAAGAGAAGGAAUCAAGAGGUUAGACAUAGAAACAUUAACAGCAUCGGCGGCACGACCGAGCAACACCAUGAGACAACUCAUUCUCCACAAACACACAAGAACUCUGCCCUAGUGCGAAAUGAGAGUCACCUUUAAAUAAUCAUAGAUUGCAGAAAACCUGUGACAGUCACAAUUAAUUGGAGAAGAUUCAACAGAAAGCACCAGGGCUUAAUGGCUCUAACAAUUGGUCAAUACAGGAGCUCAAGAAACCUAGAAGCCCAACGCUGUACGGCAAGCUGCAGAGGCCCGCAGGGCUCAUGACAAUUUCUUUGUUCUAUUGUGAAUGCCUGCAAGAAAAUGAAUCUCAGGGUAGUAUAUGGUAACAUAUCCGUACUUUGAUAAUAAAUUUACUUUGAACUUUGAUAUCCUAUAUUGAUUUCAAAGGAAUAAAACCAGGUAGUGUUCCUGAUGAGCAAAUUCAAUUAAAAUUAUUAUAAAUGUAUUAAAAGCCUGUUAUCCCUAAUUUAUUCCACUGCACAAACAGUUCCAGUUGUUCAAAGUGUAGGUAAACCAUCAUCUCAGGCAACCAGAUUUGGACACUAAUGGUAGCCUCCUCCAUUUCUCAUGGAAAUACAAAAGCUUUGUGAAAUAGUUUAGACUUAAUUUCGCAGAUACGAGGAAAUCUGCAG